AGUUGGUCAUAGUCAUAGUUGGUCAUAGUGGCAGCCUGGAACGUGAGGUGUCACAGCUUCCAGUCACAACAUUCAGCUCACAUUGUGGGUGUGUGCUGGUUGGUCCCCCCCUGCUCCGGCUAAAUCAGCUGGUGAAAUAUUCCCAAAAUUCAAAGUAAACUCGAUACGGAGGUUACUCUGAGAGCCUUCUGGCAGGAUGGCCUUGCUGCUUCUGGAGGCUUCUGACAAAAUGAGGGAGCUGUGGUGUAUUUGGAAAAUGUGACUGUGUGGUCACAAGAUCAAAUAUAUCAAAGGUGUGGAGAAAUAAAGCUGAAAUAUGGAAAUGGCAUAAUUGAUUACCGGGCUGUUUUUCCUACUGCUCCUUCAACUUCGUUCAUUUUUAUACUUCUAUCUAUGUACCUAACAACCAAGUUCUGCACACCAUGAAGACCUCUUUCACAUCCUGAGGUGGCCUGUGCAUGGAGUUCUGAGGUCCGUAUCCCAUAGUGCUGCAAAGGGUUCUCGUGGCUCCUGGCAUAGCCUGUGCAGUCUGCAGACGAUGGAAUGAUUUGAUCUUGUCCUCCUUCAGCUGGCUGACAAGGCCAUUCAGCUGUGUCUGUAGGAUCUGCCCGGGUAUGGCAUUGUCUUAAGGAAGAGCUGCUGCCAGUUUUUCGUUUCCUCUCUAUUUUCACCGCUGCAAGCUAACUAGAAGCCAGAUGUUCAAGAGAAGGUGUCCCUGAGCCUUCUGAGGAGCAUCCGCUGCCCCAGCUACACUGCACAGCUCAGCACAGCACUGAACUCCUGCAAACCACUGCCCAGCUUCACUCCUGGGGACGCCGCUGCACACCCGGACCGCCGCUUCCUCCCGCGGAUGUUACAGUAGCUUCCCAGCGGACGCGGGGCGGCUUUGGCUCUCGGGGAGGCGCCGGGCCCCGCGGCGUGCGAUGGAUUGAGACGCGCCCGCCGCGGCCCCAUCGAUGCGAUGGAAAAUCGGGGGCUGCUGUGCACGCUUUGCUCCCUGGUGCUGCACGCGCCUCUGCUGCUCGGCGUCACCGCCACCUUCACCGAAGUUCCCAAAGAUGUGACUGUUAGGGAGGGAGACGAUAUCGAGAUGCCUUGCGCCUUCAGAGCCAGCGGAUCCACCUCUUAUUCCUUGGAAAUCCAGUGGUGGUACCUCAAGGAACCGGCCCGAGAACUCGCACACGAACUGGCCGUCAGCAUCCCUGGCGGCAGGAGCAAGGUGGCGAACAAGGACGCGACGAAGAUCAGUACGGUCCGCGUGCAGGGCAACGACAUCUCGCACCGGCUGCGGCUGUCGGGCGUGCGGCGGCAGGACGAGGGCGUCUACGAGUGCCGCGUGGCGGACUACAGCGACGACGAGACGCAGGAGCACAAGGCCCAGGCGCUGCUGCGCGUCCUGUCCCGCUUCGCUCCGCCCGACGUGCAGGCGGCCGAGGCGGUGUCCCACAUCCAGAGCGGGGCGGCUCCCCGCCGACACGGCCCCGCCGGCAGAGCCACGGCACCGCCCGGCCCCGAGCCCGGCAAGCGCCCGCCGCCGCCCCCCGGAGAGCGGGGACCCUCCGCCACCACCGCCUCGGCAUCGCCGCCCCCCGGGCAGGGGCAGGGCCGGGGACGGGCCGCCAUCCUGCAGCAGCAGCAGCACGGUUCAGGCACAGGAGCUAUUUAUGCUACGGACCCACUCCUAUACAUGUUCCUGUUAAUACUGCAUAAGCUUGUACAUUUAUUAGUAAACCACUGAUGGACUACUUCCUCCACCACUCCUCGGCCAAACAAAAGGAACCUAUUGAAGAACAGGACGAGCCCCUGACAAACCAUUCCCCACAGCUGGAAGGACGGACAGAAAGAGACUGAAAGAAGCAUGAUUGAUAAAUUCUAUGUGAGGGGAAGGAGGUAUUUGGGGACAUCACGGAAGGUAAACCACAAAAAAUAACGCAUCUAAGUUUCCAGACUGUGCGGCGUCUGGCGCUGCCCUGCACACGGCUCCUGUGCUUUCUCUAUUUUAACGUCAUGUUUUUCUUUUCUAAACCUUUCCUCCGGCUCUUCAGACUCUUCAUUUUGCACCAGCUGUUGAGCAGUCACCUUCCUGGCAGUGUGUAAAGGUGCUGGGUCAGAAGGGUCAGAACUCUUCCUAAGAAAGGAAAGAUUUUGAGUAGAUUGUGUUUAGUUUUUCUGCAUUUCCUUUUUCUUUUUUUUCUUUCUUUUUUUUUUUUUUUUUUCUUUUUUAAUUAAAUUAUUUCUUUUCGGAGACAUUUUAAGGUACACCUUACCAUAAUUAAUAGGCACUGUCGAUAAUAUUUAUUUUUAAAUGAAGAUUGGAAACAAGGUAAGACGUUUGUUUAUAAACUGUAUUGUAUAUUGCUGAAUAACAGUUGAUUAAAAAGAUUUUGAAAUAAA